AUGGAAUAUUUAGUGGGUGAUGUUCCACCAUCAGACAGCAAAGAUGAACUUGAAGUAGAUCUAUUAACUGCCAAAGUCGAUAUUCUUUCAUGGAUGUUUCAUAUAAUUCGAGGUGUACAGCAAGAUAAAAUAAUUGAUCGAUGUCUUCAAAACAUGUCAUCAGUUCUAUGCAUCUUUGAACAUGUAAUUGAUCAAAUUAAACAAGAUUUAUCUGAUUUAACUACGUUAUACAUACGUAGCGACAACGCUGGUUGUUAUUCUGGUACAGCAGCUAUUAUAUCUUGUCAAGUUAUAUGUGCUAGUGCUGACAUUUGUUUGAAGAGAGCUGAUUUCAGUGAACCAUAA